UUACUCGCUUCUAGGAGGGAGAUUUUAUGAGCAGCUGCCCGGGGGAUGUUCGGAGCGACAUUUUGUUAUAUUUUUAUAUAUUUUUUAACGCCUAGUCGUUGUUGAAAUACUUUUCGACUAGGGUGAACCACACAUGAACAAAAAGGUGUUCGUUCUGGACUGUAAGCUGCUGUUUUUAGGGUCUUUAUUGAUUUUUUUCGUGGACAUGUACAGAGAGGGAAUCUCUGACAGAGCCUGUUUGUGAGGGAGCGGUUUGCUUUAAACGAUAGACACUUCUUCAAACGAAAAAGCAAAAAAAAACAAAAAACAACCGACUGCUUUAAAUUCAACAUACGGAAUAUAAUAUCAUAAUUACACGGUUUUUUUUGUGGUAUUUUUUUGAUAGUCGGUUCGAGUACUGAGGAACGAAAAGCUAUUGUAGGAACACAGGCUAGGUAAUGGGAAGCAGUGCUGCUACAGGCUAUGAAUGGAAACUGCACAGGACAUUGUAUCAUUUAUUAACAAAAAUGAGCCUCUGUUCCAGUCAGACUGAUGCCGAUAUAUAGGAUUUACUUCACAUAUUCAUGUUUUAUUCACAUAUGUGCGUUUAUAAAAGAGAAAAUGUGGAUUAUUUGAAGAAAAUCCGGACAUUAGCACAUAGCUGAGCUCAUUCCAGUCUCAGCAUUGAGCCGCGCAUUGGUUUGCUUCAAUAACAGGACCGGAGGAGAUGCUAAGAGCCAAAUGACAGCCGAUUUUUAUUGCCCGGCACUAUUUUAUCAACUAAGGGAAAAUAUAAAGUCUAUCUGUUCUAGUUCUGAUCUCAGGGACCAUGUCUUCUAGAGUAACAAUCAACUCCGACAGGAAUGCAGACCAUCAUGGUUCUCUCUCUGCCAGCCGCUCAGACAAGGGUUCAACCUGGUCCAACCGCUCACUCGGAGCCCGCUGCCGCAACUCUAUCGCCUCCUGCUCAGACGAGCACCCCCACAUCGGCAACUACCGGCUCCUCAAAACGAUCGGCAAGGGGAACUUCGCCAAGGUCAAGCUGGCACGCCACAUCCUGACUGGUAGAGAGGUUGCAAUAAAGAUUAUUGACAAAACCCAACUGAACCCAACCAGCCUACAAAAGCUCUUUCGAGAGGUACGGAUUAUGAAGAGCCUCAACCACCCAAACAUUGUUCAACUCUUUGAAGUGAUUGAAACAGAGAAGACGCUUUACCUUGUUAUGGAGUAUGCCAGUGGUGGUGAAGUGUUUGACUACCUCGUAGCCCAUGGAAGAAUGAAGGAAAAGGAGGCCCGUGCUAAAUUUCGGCAGAUCGUUUCUGCAGUUCACUACUGUCAUCAGAAGAAGAUUGUUCACAGGGACCUGAAGGCAGAGAACCUCCUGCUCGAUGCAGACUCCAACAUCAAAAUAGCAGACUUUGGUUUUAGUAACGAGUUCACGCUGGGCAGUAAGCUGGACACGUUUUGCGGCAGCCCACCUUACGCCGCUCCAGAGCUCUUUCAGGGCAAGAAGUACGAUGGGCCUGAGGUAGACAUCUGGAGCCUGGGGGUCAUCCUGUACACACUGGUCAGCGGAUCACUGCCCUUUGAUGGCCAAAACCUAAAGGAACUGCGUGAGCGUGUGCUGAGAGGAAAGUAUCGAGUUCCGUUCUACAUGUCCACUGAUUGUGAGGGGAUCCUGCGCAGGUUUUUGGUGCUCAACCCUGCCAAGCGCUGUACCCUAGAGCAAAUUAUGAAGGAUAAAUGGUUGAAUGUUGGAUAUGAAAGCAAUGAGCUGAAGCCACACAUAGAGCCUGUGGAGGACUAUAAUGACACUGAGCGGAUAGAUGUAAUGGUUGGUAUGGGUUACACACGCGAAGAGAUCAGGGAAGCCUUGACCUCUCAAAAGUACAACGAGAUCACUGCUACAUACCUGCUGCUGGGCCGCAAGAGCGAGGAUGGCAGUGACUCAAGAUCAAGCAGUACUCUAUCUCUAGCACGGGUUCGACCCAGUCCCAUAACCAACGGUACCAGUAAACACUCUUCCACCUCGUCAUCAAGCUCAACGUCUGCCUCCACCCAUAGCAAACCCCAACGCAGUGCCUCUACAUACCACCGUCAGAGACGGCACAGUGACUUCUGUGGUCCUGCAGUUGCGACAGCUCAACCUAAGCGUAGCCCCACCACUGCGGGAGAAUCUGAUCUCAAGGAGGAGCGUUUGGCUGCAAGGAAGGCCAGCAGCCGUACCAUUCCUCCAUCAAGCCCUAUGGUCAGCUCAGCUAACAAUCCAAACAAAUCAGAGAUUCCUAACCAUCGCAAGGAUACCAUCGUCACCCCAAACAACUUAACAGCAAGUACCAUAACCCGCAGGAACACAUACGUAUGUACGGAUCGAUCCAGCACCGAUAGACACUCAUUAUUGCAGAACGGCAAGGAGAACAGCUCGAUCUCACACCGCUUGCCUCCAGCCUCCCCCUCCACACACAGCAUAACCGGGGCGGGGGUGGCCUCGUCCUCCUCAGCCGAACGUUCCAGGUUAAGCCGAGGGUCGACCGUCCGCAGCACUUUCCACGGAGGUCAGCUCCGGGAGCGCAGAGUGCCUACGCAUGCCCCGCCAAAAUCGCCUACCUUGUCACACGACGCCAGCCCCUUACCCCACGCCCGUACCCGUGCCACCUCCAAUCUGUUCAGCAAGCUGACCUCUAAGCUCACACGCAGGGUCACAGACGAACCUGAGAGACUCUGCAGAUCUCCGGUCUCAAGUCGCCACCUAUCUGGGUAUCAAAAAGCGGCAGAGCCCCGGCCCCCCCGAUGCAGCUGGGAUGUAAAAGUACGGAGCGAGCGGGAUCCGGCCGAGGUGGUGUCGGCGGUGCGCGAGGCGGCACAGGGCUGCGGUUGCCAGGUGCACCAGGCUGGCCCCUUCCUCCUCUCAUGCACGCACGGUGCUGCAGGCUCCCGAGUGGCGUUCGAGGCCGAGGUGUGCCACCUCCCCCCCGAGAACAGUGGCGUCCGUUUCAAGCGCCUGUGGGGAGGACCGCUUGCCUUCCGGGACAUUGCCACCAGGGUGUCGAAAGAGCUGGAACUCUAGGAAACGUCGAGGCGGAGGGGAAGUGCAACGGGCAGGGGACGAAAUUGUAGGACCCGCGUAAGCCCACCUCUGCCUCUAUGAGCCUACACAGACUCGAAACAGACAUUGGGAGUGUCAUGCCUGCCUCACACAAGGACUGCUGAGAAAAAUACCCAACAGACUCGGUGUCAAGUUAUUUUUUUAUUCCAGUUUUGCCCAAUAUGUAACAUCACCACAAAGUCUUAGCCCUUCAUGUCGCUCUCUUUGAAUAGCUGCUAUUUAAUUCAUUUUUCACUUGCCAUUGCGCCAUAAUUAACACCUUAAUUAACAAACAGAUGUCCUAAACAGAUGUGGCCUAAACACAGGCAUAAAAAAACUGUGUAGCAGAAACGAAAAGCUGCCUAAACUGCCUGUGUUGUAAAUAGGCAAUGGCUGUUUUUUUCUGAGCCACUUACGUCGUAGCCGUCAUAUAUUCUUCGUCUGCGUUUCAGCAGUUGUUCUCAGUUAUGCAACCUCUGUUGCUGUACAGUAGCACUUUAGGGUUGAAUGAGCAUCUCUUCUUUUAACUGUGCUUUUCCCUAAAUGGUACAACGCACCUGUCAAGUCAAGCCAGUGAGCAGCCUCUGUCGUAAAACCAACAGAGGACACUGCUAAAUGGAUAAGAGACCACAGUUUUACUGUAUCAUCACCUCAAAUAAGAGGACCGUCUCCCUGCAAUCGACCAAACUGAAGUUUCUGAAGUUCCAGAAAUGUGAGGGUACCACUACUCAUUGUAGAGCAAGACAUGGCAGUGUUUUCUUUUACCUGUAUAUGUAUUCUUUAUGAAAGCGAUUGUCAUAUUACAAUAAUUUACUGCAAACUUUUUGAUUUAUUAUGUCUGUGUAGACACUUGGUCGUCCGAUAGCACCUCUGAGAUUUGAAUCCAGACCUCAGCGCAGCGGGAAAUUCCACUAGCACACCAGUGCCGAGAUUCUGAACUCCUCUGUUCAGACAUCCUGCAGCAGACACGAUUCUGCAAGGGCUGGGAUUACCGUACUAUGUGGGUGGGGUUUUUUCAAACGCUGUGUAAGGACCCUGAUUGGCAGGGUAUUGGAUAUUCCUUACACUGAUUGGCAGGGUAUUAGAUAUUCCGCUAACACACCAGCGCCGAGAUUCUGAACUCCUCAGUUCGAAACUGGUUUCUGCUCUGGUGGGUUGACCGGACUAUGUGGGUGGGGUCUUCAAACGUUUUUCACCUCGACUUCAAUCUGGGAUCCCCAGCAGCGGAAGACAGAUUGAAUUGAGACGCUAAAUUGGGAGAAAAUGGGAGAAAAUGUAUAAAUAAAAUAGAAGAUUUGUAGACUACAAUUCCCAAAGCCCCCAAAAUGGUAAUAGAAAGUUACAAUACCAAUAAAAACCAAGUCAAUUUACACACUGGUUAUAAGCUGUAAAAUACUUAAAUAACUUAAUGUGCUGAUAAAUUUAAAUACAUAAAAUAAA